UCUCCCUCUCCCUCUCUCUCUCUCCUUAGACUCUCAGUGUGUCUCUUUCUCUCACUCACACCACAUCAACAGUUACCACCCAGACCAAGUUGGGCCGAGGAUGUUUACUUUAUGCCUUUAUCGUACGGUGGCCUAAUGACGCUUAAUUGCUUCAUUUGCUUAACGAGCUCAGGGGCCGGGGACCAAUGCAAAGCGACUCUAUCCGUCCAACCAGCCCCAGACUGGAACUGGAGCGAGGAGACAGAUCAGAGGGUGGCAGAGACGGGAUCGGUAGAGGCGAGUCUUUUCGAUGGAGUUUUGAUGGAAAAGAGGAGUAGGUGAAUUGAGAAAAUGCAGGAAUAGUUUGGUUGUGUUGGUGUGGGUGACAUUUGACUUGAAAGAGCGUGUUAAUCUGUGGUAGUUUUAAGUAGAAGCAGAGUAGAUGCAGGUAGAAGAAGAAAGGAGGUUUCGGCAAAAGUUGUAAGUAAGAUAUGGCAAAAUAAGACAGCUGAAGGUCCAAGAGGUGUAGUGAAGUGCAGUAGAGUAGAUUUUAUUAGAGGACAAGUACUUUUUGAUGGACUCUUGUACACAGGGAAGCAUGUAAAGGAACAGUUGAGUAGAGGUCUGUUGAAAUCAGAAAAAAAUAGGUUUUCUUGCUUUCUAGAAGGAUACACACCAAAAAAACAUCUUGAGGUUGAGUAAAGGGUGUGGAAAUGGAACUUUCUGGGACUUUCUAAGAGAAGAAGAACAACAUAGAAAAGGAAAGUACAGCUAAAAAGAAAGCAGUACAGUAGAAACUAGAAUAAAGUGGACUUUGUAUCGGGAACAUGGAGCUGCUGGAGGCGCUCUACCGCAGGAAGCUCCGGAAGAAGCAGAAGAAAGCAGAGCUGGGCCGGUCGGAUGGGGCGCUGUGUCGGUCGCCGUCAGAGGCCAGCGUCAACAGCCUGGCGACUGGCCUCAUCUCCAAAGUCCUCAGGUUCACCUCCAGACGCAGUGAGCCGGCGUCUCGACCUCACUCGUGGCAUUCAGCGAAGCUUGGUGAAGGUCAGCAGCAAGUGGACCCAGUAGCGAUGGACACUAUGAGCAGUGCCUGGCACCACAGCUACCACCCCAGGUCCUCCAACAGCAUCGACCACCUCCACAGCAAACGAGACUCUGCCUACUCUUCCUUCUCCACCAGCUCCAGUAUCCCAGAGUACCUUGCCUCCACACCCUCAUUCAGCCCAGAGCGCUCCUAUUCGCUGGAGACCGUCUCUCAGAGAGGAGGAGGAAGUGGAGAGAUGCAGCAGGCUGACAUACGUUACGUCCGGACGGUUUACGACACCCAGCAGGGCCUAUCUCAAGAGCACGAGCUGAGCUCCAGCUCCGCCGCCUUUCUGCGCAACAGCGAUUCCAGAAGUGGGAGUGGGGCAAGGCUAGGCCAAAGCCGAGAUCUGCAAAUGGGUGGAGUCUGUUACCGUGGCAGCAGCAGCGGUGGGGUGCCAGCUUCAAACAGACACAGUGUGGGUCCAAUAUGGGGCCCAGCAGCCAGCCGCAGCUCCUACGAGAGCCUGAAGGGGGCACCAGCUCCACCAAGGCGCAGUGACAGCUAUGCAGCCAUCAGAAACCACGAGAGACCAAACUCCUGGUCCAGUCUGGAACACGCCCGGUCACUGCGGUCUCUGCAGAAAGGUUCCUGGCAUCACUCCAGUGGCCCUGUGGCUUCAGUUGCAGCUAAAGGCUCGUACGGCGCUGAUGGUCAGCUCCACACAGUGAUAGAGAAGAGUCCAGAGAGCAGCCCCACCACAAAGCCCCGGCAGGGUGGAGGCUUUCCCCAGUCCCCUUCCCCUACCGGACCCUCCCCGGGACCUGCAGGCUCCACCUCACAGUCCGGCCGGUUCAUUCUGCCCACUGGCAUGUACCCGGUAACCCAGCCUGAGCCCCACUACGCACAGAUACCCAGUGCCAGCCCCGGGCCAGGCUUGUCUGGAGUCUACCCCUCCCUGGCCAAGGAGAGCAGCCGACAGCAGCACCAGGGGCUGCAGGGCGUGGGAGGGAGAGAGGAAGGAGCGUCAGAAGGGCGGAGGGAUGCAAGAAUGUCAGCUACAGAAAAUGGAUACCAAAAUAACACUACUUCUUCAUCAUACUCAUAUUCCUCUUCCUCAACAUCUGCCUCUACACAGCUCAGGACUCAAGCACACCAGACAGACAGGCCUCAACAGGAAGAGUCUAAACUCCACAGACCACACCAGAAAUCUGCUGGAGGAGUAUCGGAAGGCCAGACAGGGCCCACCAGGCAAAACCACCAGGGACGUCACAGUCAGAGCUCCCAAGGGUCCCAUGUUCAUACAAGCCAGGGACAUCACAGCCAAGUGUUCCAGGACCAGAACCAGGAUUUUCAUAAUCCCCACAUCCAGUUUACUCCUGGACUCAGGCCCUCAUCCACACAAGAGUGGAGAGACCCCUGCACACUCGUUCAGCCAAGGGGAGACAGGAGCAGAUCAGUGGACCAGACCAGCAUUCAUUCUGAGCCAGUGGCGUCCUCCAGGCUCGCCCAGGGACAAGUGCCAACUGCCCACUUACCUGGUCACCCUCAGCCUCAGGCUUCACCCACCUCAGCCCCUCAGCCUUCCUCCCGUCACCUCAGUGACUCAGCAGCUCUGCAGCACCAGCACUGGGACCAGAGAGAGCAGGACAAGGACAGAGAACAUCCACUGACACGCCUGGAGAUUGCCCUCGCUGAGGUCCAGCGAUGCGCCAGCCCAGACAGUGCCAGUAACCAUGGCAACAGUAGCUUCGGUGAUGGCAGCCAGGGACCUGCCCGCAGCCUCUCUGUCCUGGAGAAGGUCAGUCGUUUCGAGCGUCGGGAACGCGGCGGAAAGCAGCGCAGUCACAGCACCACCAACGCACACAAUAAAGCCAUCCAUCUGAGGAUGACUGACAAAGGCCGUGGUGCUGCCUGUGGAGCAGAUGACCUCAGAAACAUGCUGGAGAGAAGCACUAACGGGACCAAAGCCCACAGGACUCUGAGCUACAGAGGAGGCAGCAGCGAACACAUGAAAUACAGGACCCCAGCAGAUCCCAGUUCAGCCCUCCAGAGGAGCCGGAGCACCUUUCAGCUAGAAGAAUCCAGGGAGGGUGACAGCAGCAAAGACUUCCCCUGGAGACAGGACAUUCAAGAGAUGCUAGGCUCCAUGCAGGACACGUCCUACAACAGGUCAGAGUCCUCCAACAGGCCAGAGUCUUCCAAUAGAUCUUACAGGGACUCUUUGAAAGAUGCCCAGACUAAGGUCCUACGGUCCACUUCAUUCAGACGGAGAGACCUCAGCUCCUCAAUCAGCCCUCCUCCUCCUGCAGCUCCUCCUCCCGUGUCUUUGUCCAACAGCCACCAGCCUCCAUCUGGCCCUACCAAGCAGCACUCCCUGGAGAAAAAAGGCCCAAAAACCAUGCCCAAACCACAGGGCAUUCUCGUCACGCCACAGUCGCCACCACCGGUCACUUCCCCUCACACCCCGAAAGAGCGGCAUGUGAUCAGCCCGGAGAUUCGAGGCCCGAGCCCCCCUGCCCUCCCCAGUGUCCCUCCUGUUGGACCUCCUGCUUACACACGGAUCUGCGGCCGCAAGCGUCUGGCGGCAGACCAGAAGAAACGGUCAUACUCAGAGCCAGAGAACAUGAACGAGGUCGGGGUUUCGGAUGCCGAGACUGCUGCCCUCUUCAGGCGUGGAGGAGAGACCAGCGUGGCAGACCGGCGGAAGAUGUUUGAGCUUGCGGCAAGCCGUGUCGGGGACGGGGCUCUGCAAAACGCCACGUCAAGGCCCGACUUACGGCAGCUUCAGCAUGAUGCUCUGGCCGAGUAUGUGGAGAGGAAGAGAGGAGGGAAAAAAGACGAGGGAGGACAGAGAAGCGGAUCUAGGCCUCGCAGUGCCUAUCUACAGCCUGAAAACAGCAACCAUACAGUCUCCUACUGUCACUCAGACACCCUCAGCCUCUCCUCCACCUCCAGCCUGCUCUCCCUCCAGGACUCUGGAACAGAUCGUCUCUGCUCCACCCUCCCUCCUGGAGCCGACCUGCGGAGCCUCCAGUCCAACUUCUUUUACCCAGGCAGGGUUACCACUCCGAGGCCCCCGGUGCUUUCACAGCUGAGUGCUCCUUCCGGCUUCCAUUCUGAGCUCCAGGCCCAGACCCUCCCAUAUCUCCCCCCUGAAGCUGGGCUCAGCAGACAGAGUCAGUCUUUCAGCAGAGACCCGGGUCGGGGCCACCAGCAGCUGGCCACAGAGCCUGAGCUCAACCUGGGACUGUCCAAGCAGCUCAACGGCGCUCUGCAGAGGGCCGGGUCAGCUCGGGGUUCCGGGAAGUCGGCUUCUGCUGAGGAUCUCCUGGAGAGAUCUGAGGAGAGACAAAUGACACCUCAACACUCCCGCUCCCGCUCCUCUCCCACGGGAGAGAAACUGAACCAGGACUUCCCUCCAGGUGACAUCAAGAUGUACGGUGUCUUCAUCUCUCAGUCGGGACGCCACUCUCUGGCCGAGGACAGACCUGCAGGCAUCCAGGCAUCAGGGGGUCUCGUUUCUCCUCAACACUCCCAGAAAAGUCUGAACACCGUCCAGUCUGCAGGACCUUCACAAGACCCGGGCUCCUCCCACACCCCCGUCGCUCGUAGGGAGCGGCAGAGGAACAGCGAGCGGCAGCGAGCCAACAGCACCUCCACCUUGGCGGCCUCUGUUGGCCUGCCCUGCCCCUUCUCCCCAUCUGGCCCUCAGGACGGAGGCACCACUGAGUGGCAUGCUAGCGAGACGCUGAGCCAAGCUAACUUGGACGCCAUCACCUUCCCAGGGAUCCCGCAAACCGGCACAGGUGACGACGUCAACGCCACCGGCUGCAGUGAAACCCUGGUGACAGACAGACAGACGAGACACAGCAUAAGUGACGGCAGCAUAUUAGAAGACACUGCAAAGGACAUGUAUAGAGGGAGAGCCUUCAGUUUAGAGAUGAAAGGAGAACACUCGGCAGAAAACGCCCAAAGAGUUUCACCAGUGACGCCAACACCCCUACCCCAUUUCCAGCCUGCAGCCCCACCAAACAGGAAAGACAGCGGGAGCACCGUGUCAUCUCCUACCUCAUCCUCCCAUCCGUCCAUCCACCAGCACCUGUCCUCACUGCGGAUCUCUGAGUCCAGCCUCUUCAGCUCCAUCGACCAGCAGCAACCACUAGAAACAGGCGUAUCGCAGGAGGACUUCGAUGAGGUCUUCCUCCAAGAUCCUCCCCCUCCAUCGCCUCCUCCGCCAAUCAAAGAGACAAGCAUCAUGGAGGACUUCCCUCCCCCUCCUCCUCCCCUGUAUUUAGAGCCGGAAGCUGGACACCAGACUGUGGGAAGGAUGUCAUCCAUCAACUCCCCUACAAUGUCCCCGUCCUCCGUCUUUUCUCCGCCUGUGUCCAGCAUUCCUUUCACAAAGCCACAGCCCUCUACCAUCACCACCAUCUCUGCAUCCACCACAACCGAGGACAGUCUAGGUCUUGAGUACCAGCCCCUGCCCAAGAGGGAAAAGACAUCUGAGGAGCUGCGAGUGGAGGCGCUGGCCAGGCAGCUGGUGUUGCAGGACAGCUCCCUGGCGCCCCUGUUGGACACAUGGAGGGGUAAAUCCACAGUAGAGCUCAUGGAGGAGAUCUUUCCAAACAGCAGAUUGGGUGGUAAAUCACCAUGGCAGCGCAGGGGCAGUAACCGAUUGGAUGACAGGAUCCAAGAUGCUGUCUGUGAUCCUGCUCAGAGCACGGCGACGGAUCGAGGGAAGGAGACCGAUCUAGAUGAGGAUGAGAAAGACCUAAACACCAAGAAGCUGGAGCUGUGUGAGGCGCUGAGGCGCAGCAUGGCGGCACUGCGGCAGGAGAAGGAAGCACUGUGCGAGGAGCAGAGACAUCACCAGGCGCUGGGGGCGAGCAUCGAAGCGCUGGUGCAGGAACGCCUCAAAACCAACGAGAGGGACAAGUACAGCGUGUUCAUCGGAGAUCUGGAGAAGAUCGUGAACCUGCUGCUGUCUCUGUGCAGCCGGAUGUCGAGGAUCGACAGAUCUCUGCUCGCUCUGGAGAGAGAGGAGCUGACGCAGGAGGAGAUAGCGGAGGAGAGGGACUCCCUCCAUCACAAGCGCUCUCUGCUCCUCAGUCAAACUGAAGACGCUCGGGAGCUGAAGGAGAACUUGGACCGGCGGCAGCGAGUGGUCCACAGCAUCCUGUCCAGCUACCUUGCUGAACCGCAGCUCCAGGACUACCGCCUCUUUGUCAGCACCAAACCCUCCUUUGUGAUUCGCCAGCGGCACCUCGACGACCUCAUACGGCAGGUGGAGGAGCAGCUGACCCGACUGGCCGAAAGCCUACCACAGGAGCUGCUGGAGGCUCGCGGUUGGUCGAGAGCGUGUCCGUUCUCAUCAUCGAGCCCCGCCCCUUUAUCUUCUCCUUUCCCGCCGCUGCUACCGCCCUCUGUGGCUCCAGGCCCCGCCCACUCAGUCAGGUCCACCACUGUGACGUCACUGUGAUGUCACAGACAAGGCUGCUAUUACAAGUGGCAGUGAAUGCUGGGAAAUGAAGGAGAGACUCCCUAAAAACUCACUCUGAGCUGGAGUGGUGCUCCCGAUGAAGGAGCUUUACAUGAAGGAAGGAACAGGCGCUCACUCUACUAUGCAGACUUCACACAUGAAGAAGAAACGCCUUUAAUGUGCCUCGUUCACACCCGACUGUGCGUUACCGUUCACCUUCACAUCAGCCACCACCCUGUGUGGACUAAACUGCUGCCAACAUCUCCAACUGUCCUCUGAAAGGUGAUUUUAAGGGUUGGAAGUUCAUCGUCAAACGCUUCAAAGGACAAUUCCAGCGUUGCAGGUAGUUGACAGGUGAUUGGAUGGGCCAUCUGUCUGUCACUGUCUAUCACGGGCAAACUGAAGCCAGUCGGGAGAAUAGCGAAAACGUAUUUUCCAUGAAGAAAAGCCUUCAGUGCCGUUGUUUGCUCUUCUUUCAAUGAAGAAAUGCUCCACAUAUAUCUGAUGCUAGCAGCAUCUAUGCUAACCUUUAGCAGCUGUCAUAGUAACGAACAGUGUCUUCUCGCUGCAUCACUCCUAGCACCCACUGCCUGUAGCGGCCAGUACUUCCUCAAAGGACGCUGCUGAUUGACCGGCCACAGACCCGUAGAUUGAAUCUUGGCAAGAUGGAUUCUCACGAGUCAGUAAUCCUGGUGCUGACCGGUUAGACAGCAGCCUGAAUUAAUAGUAAGAUGGUAGAAAUUUGGUUUUAAGAGUCAACAAGCACACUGGAAUUGUCCUUUAACAAACCUAAUGGUGCCUUCAGGAACCUCAAACAUUCAGACGUUCUUCCAGGAGCUCUAUUUCUAGUGACGGGACGAAGUGAGCAGGUGUGUUAUCUCCCAAAGACCCAACACUGUCAUCUUUACAAUAAAAUAUCAUUUUGCCAUCUUGUCAAACCCUUCAGAGAUAUUUGCAGCACCUGCUCAUCUUUGAUGCACAUGUACAGUCAACUUACAAUAACACCAAAAUCGGAGGGACUCUGUUUUUAUUCUACAGCUACAAAAAGAAUCCAAACUCUGAGCUCAUCAGAAACACCUGAAGGGUAGCUGUUGUGAUCACUGUCACAUGAUACUGUAACACUACUACUGUCACUACUGUGUGUCCGGAGCUUGUAGCACUUUUUUAGCAGUUUGACUACUGUUUGCAGCAGAAUUUACACUGAAUAACGAACGUUGUUGCCUCUUUAAAAGUCGAUGUGAUGAAACAUUUGAUAAUGGAAAAAGUUCAGAUUCCAAAGAGUUUCACAGGAUGUUUGCAGACGUCAGCUUCGUUUAAUUUGGUCCAAAACUCUGGUGUGUUCUUUCAAAGUCUCAAGGUUUACUGGCGCCAUAACUGCAACGAUUAUCUUAACUUUAGAAGGAAAGUUUGGAUUUUUGUUAAAUUAAGAAAUAAUCUGUUAGGUAUUAAGUCCACAAAAUGUCAGUAACAAAUGCCACAAUUUACCACACCAAAAGAUAUUUCAUGUAUAAUGAAAGGAUUGAUCAAUAAUUUAAAUAAUUAAUCAAUCACUGAAACUGCUGAUAAAUGGCUAGUUGUUUGUUAUGGUUAAGACCUUUGGUUUUGGAUCAUGUUUGCCCGUUUCCACAAACUGACAUUAUCAUUUUAUUUAAUUUGGUCCUCUCUGUGGAAAUCAAUGCAAUAAAACAUCAAUGUUUAAAGGAUGAACGUUGAAACCGUCGUAUAAAAGAUAGACGUAUACAAAUGGUGCCACAAUAUCGAGGUCCAGCCAAUUCAUCCGGUUAUCUCAAUCGCAGGCAGAGAGAAUCAUGAAGUGAAACCCCCUUUCAGUGUAAGAACUACCUAAAAUGACAUGAAAAAUAUAUUUGACAUAUACUUAGAUUUUUGUUUGUUUGGCCCACCUGCUAACAUGGAGACAACAGGCUUUAUGACUUUCUUUUGGAGAGCUGUCAUGUCGUCCAUCUUUAUAAAUGUCGAUAAAACUGCAUAUGAUUGGCUUUUUCACCAUCCUCUAUAUGAAUUCAUUAUUUCUAGUCUAACAAAGGAGUUUUUGACUGAGAAACAGUCCCCGUUUAAUACUGAUUCCUCUGUAUGACCUACAGAAAUAAACAAAACCAUCAGCCACAACAUUGGCUGUUUCUAUAAAGUCAUUAUUAAUGCCUGCCACUGGGUGCGUUUUGGUCCGAUUCCCAUUCAAAUCAAUGAAACGAGGCAGUGAAACACUACCACUUUUGUCCACAGGGGCCGCCAGAAUCAACGCAAAGUGAAAGUUCCUCGUUGGGGCUAUAACGUUAACAGAAAUUAUUUGUUGGCGCAACCAUGAAGUAUUUAUUUAUGUUGGAAUGAGAAUGCUCGGACGAGGUGAGGCACAUAUGAAAAGAAAAAGCAUUCAGUGAAGAAAAACCAACAUUAGAAUAAUAAAAUAGUUAUAAAUUAAAAAUAAAAUGUUUUAUCACUCCUACUCUGUUAAGUCACAAUCAUGAAAUAUCACUUCUUAUUAUCACAUUAUGUCAUUGUGUGAGAUCAGUUAUUCCGUCUGCCAGUGAAGGAUCAGAUUUCUAUGUUUUUGAAAAUAUUGAACAGUUUUGCCUUGUAGCCGGUGCCAUUGGGUCUCCCUUCAGUUCAAAUCAUCUGGGGACACCAAAUGGCAUCAGUCCUACACAAUCAAUAGUUAUUGCUGAAUUAACAGCCUCAGCAUUGUGUGCAAUCUAAGAUACACAUUAGGUUUUCUGAUCAGUGGAUGUUUUCACCUGUUCUCACUCUGAGCUGCUUCAUUUUACACCCACAGUACGUUUCCUUUGACUUAGUUUCUAGAGCACCUUUUAAAUAUUCUCACUGUCAUAUUCUGCAAACAUUACAGCACCCAGUCUGCCUUGUGUCCUCAUCAAUAACCCAGAUUUUAUUGUUGAUUAUUGUUUGUUCGUUGUUAUUUGCAGAGAGGCACAACAGAAUAUCUCAGACGUUUUUUUUUGGUUCCUCGUUGAAUAAAAUUCAAUGUUUAUGAAAGAAGAACGAUUAAAUUACAGCUCCUGGUUUUUGCAAAAUAAAUGCAUUUUGUAAAUGACUUUGUGUCCUCUUCAAGUUGUCCCAUAGACACACACACACG